CUCAAACUGAGUCCAAUGAAGAUGGCCACUCAAGGCAAACCCUACAUCCUCACCUGCUCUGUUCACCACACCUGCCCCUCGCAUCCCCCUGAGAUUAAAUGGAGUCGAGAAAGUAAGGAUGAUGAAAUCACCAAAAAGCAUGAACACCUUCAUUCAGGGAUCUGGGAGGCAGAUUCCAUCCUGUCCUUCGUUCCUGAGGAAAAGGACGACGAAACAGAGCUCACCUGCACAGCAACAUUUCAUGGGGGAAUAACAUCCGAGGCAAAGUUUACACUUCAUGUAAAACGCAGAGAAAACUACAACCACAUCAUCAUUCCUACUGUUGCAGUCGCUGCUACUGCUGUGGUCUUUGGACUCUUCUGUAUUUUCAUGGUGAAGAAAUACAAGAAACGUAUUCAAGAGCUUCAAAGUCAAGAUGGCAGCAUGUGGAACAGGAUGUCUAGACUGUCUCGCAGGCUUCGUCCUGGCGCCGCAGGACCAACUCAUCUUGAUCAAAGAAGAUCUAUUUGGAGCAGAUUUUCAAGGAGACCCCAAAGGAAUGAACAUGUUCAAAGUCCCAAUAAUGCUUCCUCCUGUGGUGGACAGAAAACUGACAAACCUCGCUUCCCGUCACCAAAGAGCCAACAAAAAUCCCACAAUUACAAACAGGACCUGGAUGACAACGAUGACUACAUGAACACUGCAGACUUGAACAUUUAUGGAAACGUGUAAAAAUGUAAAAACUGAUGAUCAAAGUAAAAAGCCAGAGUAAUUAUUAGCAUCCUUUGUUUCCACAAACAGGUUGUGUUCUUUUUGCUGAUCUGAUUUAUUG